AUGGGGUGGAUAUGGGGCGCCCGGGCACGUCCGCCACGUCGGAUCCGGCCCAUGCUUGUCCACCUGACCCCACAUAUAUUUGUCCCCAUCCGCUCGCCGGAGCAAGCCCUAGCCACUUCACUCCACUCCCCUCCACUCUCCUCUGCCACCCGAGCUCGCCUCCUGCGAGUUCCGACCUUCUCCGACAGGGCAGAUAGCGGAUCGGACUCCGAUCACUCUGGAUUCGUCGACUGGGGUGUCAUCUCGUGCGGGUUGGAGGAGGCAAUGGCAAUCCGCAUUGCACUCCACCGAUCCCAGGAGGACAGUGCCCGGCCGAUGGACGGAUCUGUCUCUCGCGACGCCGUAGCGUCGGCUCACCGGGCGCUCAGGUCCUCUGGUGUUGGAUCCUUGCGGUCCCGGCAGCCGGAACACCUCUCCAGUUCCAUCACCGGUCGAGUAGACUAUGAGUCCCACCGAGAACGGGCAGCCCGCCGUGGGAAGGAGAGGAUAAGGGCCGCCGAAGCCCGUAUCGCGGCGGAAAUGGCGGCGGAGGAGGCAGAUGAUGCUGCGGCGCAGGCGUCGGCAGAGGAGGAAGCCAUCCGCGCCCGCAUUGUGAAGAAACGGUAG